UAUGUAUGUGUGUGCAGUUGAACAGUUUCCAAGAAGCACAAAAGCAGAUUCGCAGACACACCUAAACAGAGAAGUGAUCUGGAGAAGCACUGAUGAGGCUCAAAACCACUUUGUCCUUUUAAUUAUUAAACAAGUCGAGUUGGAGAAGUAGCGUCGGGAUCGAGUUUAGGUAGAUUUCCAGCACUAUUUCAUCAGUCAGGUCAUGCCAGAUGAUUGAUCAUGAAGAAAAGGAGAUGAGGAGAGGAAGUCACUUUAGAAUAUGAGAUGCAGCCCGUCUGGGACUAGGGGAUCGGUGUGUGGACCCAAGUCUGUCUCUGUCUCGGGGCAGGAGUGUGAUGGCUGAGCCGGACUAUCUGGAGGGGGACUAUGAGGAGAUGAUCAAACCCAAGAAGCUGUUGAACCCAGUCAAGGGCUCCAGAAACCACCAGGACCUCCAUCGAGAACUCAUGAUGAACCAGAAGAUGGGCCUGGCUCCCCAGAACAAGCCGGAGCUCCAGAAGGUUUUGGAGCAGAGGAAGAGAGAACAGGUUCUCAAGGCCCAGAGGGAGGAGCAGGAGGCCCACACCAAGAGGAGUGACCUGGAGAUAGAAUUAAUGAAGAGACAACAGAAACUAGAACAGCUGGAGUUGGACCAGCAGAAGGAUGAGGAGGAGCAGGAGAACACCCCUGAGUUUGUGAAGAUGAAGAGCAAUCUGAGGAGGACCAAGCAGGAGGCUAAUGGGGAGGAACGUACCACUUAGGGACCAGGGGGGGGGGGUGUGAGAGAGAAGGGGAGCGCAACUGUGAACAUAGAGGUUUGUGUGUGUGUUUGUGCAGAGUCUAUGGCACAUGUCAUCUGAGGUGGCCUUCCUGAUUUCUCCGACCCUGUUGUCUGCCUACUAAAGACCACCAGUACUAGAGACCUCUUUUUCUGUCUGCUACAGCUCUCCCCUCACCUCAGGCAGAGACCAAGGAAACUUAACCACCUCAGCUUCUCUCACCAACAGACAGAGAGACUUUGCAGAGAAGAGAAUCCCCUAUAGAGACUACAGACUGCUUUGUCUGCCUACUAUAGUACUCACAUCAUCCUCUCCACACAACACACAGACAGAGAGAGGAGACUUAACAUGGACACAAAACACGGAAAAUGCUACACGUGAAGGACCGCCAGCCAGCCAGUCUUCUUGGGAAGCCUGAUGCAGGGACAAACAGAACCCACACAGAGUUUCCAUUCCCUCUCUCUUGUCUGCCGCUCUCUCCGGCCACAGAAAGUUAUCUUUCUGUUAUUGUUGUUGUUUUCAUUUUCAGAACCCAGAAUAGAAAAGCGGACACUGGAUGGACUCUUAAAGCUGUGUUUUGUAAAAAUGCCAAAUUAAUGUGCUGUUGUUAUUUAUGUUUAUGUUUGUAGUAUUUUAGCCCUAUGUAGGGAGUGCGAGAGAUAGACAUCUCAGUUUAGUUUUACAGCUUAGUGUGUGGAACCUGAACAGGACAGGAUGAGUGUUUGUGUGAAAAAAUACCCAGCUUACUUUUUUAUUUUUUUAUCUCCAACAUGCCACUUCCCAGCUAAUGCUAUUUGAAGCAAUACUAGAACCCCCUCCAAGUGCGAGAGUGGACUUUUCUUUCUAUAAUUAUAAUAAUUUCUAUAUAUUUUUCUUUUUGUAUUAAUAAAAGUUACAUUAAAUCAGUCUUACUUUG